AAAAAACAUGCUUGAAGUGAUGCAUGUGUACCAGCAGAGGGCGCUCUCUGUGCAGCAUCCCAGUGAUGAGCAGGAGGAGGCGGUGCUGCUCCACCUCAUCAAAGUUUAAGGUGCAGCUCUGCCAGUAAACAGCAGCUCCAGCGGCCAGCCGCAUGACGUCAGAGGCGGCGUAUCGAUCAUCGAUCGGAGCUGCAGGACAGCAGCGGCUCGGCAGAUGUUACAUAAGCGGCUGUCGGAGGGAGGCAGCUGCGGGAGAGCGGCGCUGCAGACCGGCAGAACCUCCACCUCUUCUGCUCCUCUGGAUCACAGGAAGCCUCCUCGGAGAUGCCGGGGACACUCCCCAGCUUUCCCAGCCUGCCCCGGGGCAUGACGGUGCCGGCGCUGCUCAGCUCUCUGCCCAGAGGCGUCACCAUGCCCAGCCUGCCCAGGGGGGUCACCAUGCCGACCCUACCGGAGGCUCCUCGACGGCUGCUGCAGGACUGCUGCUCCGUGUUCGACCACCAGACCUCUGGAGGUGUGUGCGGCUGCUGCUGGGCGCUGCGUCCUCGCUACAAACGGCUGGUCGACAACAUCUUCCCUGAAGACCCAGAGGACGGUCUGGUGAAAGCCAACAUGGAGAAACUGACCUUCUUCGCCCUGUCCGCUCCAGAGAAGCUGGACAGAAUUGCUGCGUACCUGUCGGAGCGUCUAACCAGAGAGCUGAACCGCCACCGUUAUGGGUAUGUCUGCAUAGCGCUGGAGGCAAUGGAGCAGCUGCUGCUGGCCUGUCACUGCCAGAGCAUCAACCUGCUGGUGGAGAGUUUCCUCAGCACCCUGCGCCUGCUGCUGGAGGCCGAGAAACCGCACCUGCACAUCCUGGCCACCAACUCUUUUGUGAAGUUUGCGAACAUCGAGGAGGACACCCCUUCAUAUCACCGCAGCUACGACUUCUUUGUGUCUCGGUUCAGUGAGAUGUGUCACUCUGACCACGAAGACCCAGACACAAAAAUCAAGAUCCGAGUGUCGGGGAUCUGCGGCCUGCAGGGCGUGGUUAGGAAGACGGUGGACGACGAGCUGCAGGUAAACAUCUGGGAGCCUCGUCACAUGGAGCAGAUUGUCCCCGCCCUGCUGGUCAACCUGGAGCACUGCCACAGCAACAGCGGUUCUCCAGCAGAGCAGACGGAGGUGUGUUUCAGAGAGCUGCUGGGUCGAGCCGCUUAUGGUCACAUCAACAACGCCAUCAAACCUGUGCUCAUGCACCUGGACAGCCACAGUUUGUGGGGAGGAGGAGGAUUUGCUGUUCGCUGCUUUCAGAUCAUCAUGUUCUCCAUUCAGUCCCAGCACUCCCACCUGGUCAUCCAGCAGCUGUUGGGUCACCUGGACGCCAACAGCAGAAGUCCAGCGUCUAUCAGGGCUGGGAUCGUGGAGGUCCUGUCUGAAGCUGCUGUUAUAGAAGCCACAGGAUCUGUAGGUCCCACCGUCCUGGAGGUGUUCAACACGUUGCUGCGGCAGCUCAGGCAGAGCGUUGACUACCAGCUGACUGGUUACUACGACAACGCAGGCAAACACAGAACUACAUCAGUUCAUGAGAAAACGCUGCAGGACGCAGUCAUCAAAACCAUCGGAUCCUUUGCCAACACACUUCCUGUCUAUCAGAGGUCAGAGGUCAUGCUGUUCAUCAUGGGGAAAAUUCCUGUCCCUGGCAUCUAUCCCGCCCUGGGCUCUCCGAAUGCCGGGUUUGAGGGCAGCAGGAUGAUCCAGGUGAUGCUGCUGAAGUCUCUGCUACAGGUAUCAGAGCGUUACGAGAGCAGCAACCUGCUGACAGCGCUGCCCUCCUCCUUCCUGGAGCCUCUGCUUUCCUUCACCCUGAUGGAGGAUCCAGAGAUCCGCCUGCUGGUUCUGUCCAUCCUCACCUCGCUAAUCGACCGCCACCAGAACGCACCCAGGAUCACCACAGUAAGUGUGACGUUUGAUGUGUCGGUUUUGGAGCAGAAGGAGGACGGAUGCUCCCGACACGACAACCUGUUCAUCCGGAAGCACGCCCAGCGUCUCUACAGACACGUCUACCUGGCCUGUAAGGAGGAGAACAACGGGCCGAACCACUACCAGGCGCUCUUCAGCCUGCUGGCUGUUCUCAGUGUGGAACUGAUUAACGAGGAGGUCCUGGUGGACCUGCUCCGACUGAUCCUGGCGCUGCAGGAACUGGGAGCGUCCAAUCAGGAGAACCUCUCUGUUUUUAACCGCUGCAGUCUUCACGCCGUCUGCGCCGCCUCCCUCCAUCUCCUGUCACAGCUCGGCCCGCCUCCAGCUCUCCAUCAGCAUGUCACUCAGGUCAUAGAAAGCCGUCAGAAGGACGCGCCGCACCUGCUGCCUGAAAACGUCCUGUGUGACCAGCCCAGGCUUCCGAAGGCCGAUCUGAAGGUGGACAAAGCUUUCCUGUUCAUCCAGUCCAAGAUAUGCGAGGCCCUCAUUGGAAGCAGCUACAGUGCACAAUGCGAACGUCUCAGCACACCUUAUACACCUCAGUUAACAGAUGAAGAUCGUCUGUCCCGGAAGAUGAGCAUCGCAGACACCGUCUCUCUGCAGAUGGCCAUAGACCACGCGUCCACUUCUGACCCUCAGAAACCUCAAAUCGAACAGAUCACCUUUGAGACACUGAAGAACACCAUUGAGGACAGAGGAGCUGUGGAGGAGGAGGAGAGGAGGAAGAGGAUGGAGGUGGUGGAGAGGUUUCAGACGGCUCCUUUUGAGGAAAUAGCAGCUCUGUGUGGAUCCAGGACUUCAUUGCUUCAGUCCAAACUAGAUCAGGUCUUUGAUCUGAUCGUUCGUCCUCCUCCAUCUCCUUCAGGACAAUCGUCCCGUCGUUCGACGCCAAUCUUUGAGAUGAAGUUUCCUGACCUCUGUGUGUACUAGAGACUCAACGGGAUGAUAUAGAUUAUAACGAAGCGAGAACAGAACACCGAUGGACUGUAAACGUGUAGCAUGAGUCGUGUUUCAUUUUGAUUUCAUCAAGCUUUACUCUGUGGCUUUUUGUUUAUCAGAGAAGGAUUUAGUUUAUUUUUUGAAGCAUUUUACAGUUUGGUGAUCAAUGAACUGUUUAAAAAAAAGAUUUCCCUUACAGUCCCACAGAGGGAAAUUACUCUGCAUUUAAUCCAUCCCUUAGGAUGGGGUGUUUCAGCUGUGUGAUCAAACAGCUCAGUCUGUAGAAAGUAUUCUGUGUGGUCUGUAGAGUCAUUUCUCUGAAGGCUCCUGAAGGCUAACAAGGAACAAUAAAAAGUUUUAAACAAGUGUUGAGCUGUUGGAUGGACACUACAACAUGAAACCAAAGUUAAGCUGAAAUGGUUCUGGUAAGUUCUGGUUGCUGAUAAACUGUUGGACAUGAUGUGUAAAAGUAUAAAGUUCUCCGACAACCAAAUGAACAAAAGCCAACAUUUCUGGAUCUCCAUUCAGAGAAAAAACCCAUCAGAGACAGGUUUCUCCUGAGAUCCAGUCCUGAAGACCACCUAGUCCAUUAUAAAGUCUCUUAUUGGAUCGAAAGACAAUGGUGUGAUUCUGGUGUCACAGGGGCUUGCAAACAAGCUCCUCAUAAUGCAUGGAUGGUUCAAAGUCCAGCACUUGAACCAAGCAGAAGGAAGGCCAUCACUCACGAAGAAACAAGAAGAUGACCUCCACCGAUUACCUGCUGAAACAAUCUACAAGAGGAACACCAG